CGCGAGGCUGCUUCCGCGUCUCACAAUAAAUCCAACGAAGAAGAAUCAUUUGUAGAAGAAGAAGACGAAGAAGAAAACAUGCACGCUUGCUGGUGCCGCUGAUGCUGUUUACUGAAGGAAACGAAAGACUCAACAUGACAACACCGGUUUCCGUGCUCCGCCUGCCAAAAGGACCUGACCCCAACAGCCGAGGAUUUGACCCCAAGUCUCCCCGUUUCAUCGCUCUCUGCCGAACCUCCAUUGCCACCUCUCCCGCUUCCGAAGCAGAUGCUGAGCAGCUGCCAAGAGAGCAGCACGCCCGAUCCGUACUGAGAGAAAGUUUCCUCCGAUGUCUCCUGUCCAUGGCCAACAAGAAGAUUCAGUUUCACAUGUACGAGCGGGUGACGGUGGAGGCCACCUUCAGAGCAUCUGACAUCGACGUGUUGAACUUUCAGGUGUCGGACCUGCACACUCCCAUCGGGGUGCAAAAGGAGGCUCUGAUCCGCUGUCAGGAUGUGAUUUUAUUCACUUUUGAUGCAUGAACACUGAAGGCGCUUUUUCCUGUCCAAAUGAAAUAUGAAUUUCUCGUUUGUCGUUGCAAGCGAGCUCUGUUUUCACAAUGUGAGAUAGUUUUGUUUUUCAAAGCAAAGCUAUUUUCAUAUGGUUUUCUCAGUCUGUCCACUUCACUCAUUCAUGCUGCUGUGUGCGUUAGAAGUUAACUAGUUGACAAGCAGUCCCACCUUUUUAGCACAAGAGGGAGUCCUAUGCCUGUGUUUCAGGAGCUGGGAAAGACCUUCUUGGGAAUUAUUUACUUUCUGUAGAUAGUGAACACUGCUAGAAAUAAGUUAUUACUGUACGGGUGAUAGAGUGUAAUGUUGUCUUUUUGUCAUUAUAUUCUCUGACUGAGGCAAAUUAAACUUAACGCUUACGUGUCUUUUGAGUAAAACACUUUUCUGUUAAGGUUUUCUUUUGUUGUUUGGGAAAAAAAUUGUGUCUGACAAACCUUGAUGAUGUUUAAGAUAAGUUUUAACUGAUCUAUAUAAACAUCAAACUAUCA